UUAUCUUUAUUAGAAUACACACAAGAAGCUUAAGAAGGAGGAGAAAAAUAAGAAGAAGAAAUGUCAUCUUAUUCUUCUUCUAUUUCUUCAACAGCCCUAGUCAUCUUCUUUGUACUUCUACUUCGCGGCAUUGAAGCUCAGCUGAGCUCUGACUUCUACGAUGACACGUGCCCGGAUGUGUACGACAUCGUGCGCAACGUAAUUGAGCAGGCGCACGAAUCCGACAUUCGGAUCUACGCGAGCCUUACCCGCCUUCAAUUCCAUGACUGCUUCGUCCAAGGUUGCGAUGGAUCAUUGUUGUUGGAUAAUAGCUCGACGAUAGUGAGCGAGAAGAACUCGCCGGCGAACAAAAAUUCCGCACGGGGAUUUCCCGUGGUGGACGCGAUCAAAGCGGCACUAGAGGAUGCUUGCCCCGGCGUGGUCUCGUGCGCAGAUAUCAUUGUCCUCGCAGCUGAAGCUUCUGUAGAAUUGUCUGGUGGCCCCUCGUGGUGUGUGCUGCUGGGAAGACGGGACAGCACCACGGCAAACCUGACCAGCUCCCAAAACCUUCCAAGCCCCUUUGACAGCCUGCAGACACUCCGGUCAAAGUUCUCCGCCGUUGGCCUCAAUGACACUGAUCUCGUCGCCUUAUCAGGAGCGCACACAUUCGGUCGAGCACAUUGUCGGUUCUUCAGCGGCCGUCUAUACAACUUCAGCGGAACGGGCCGACCCGAUCCGACAUUAAAUGGAGCCUACCGGGUCCAAUUACAGCAGAAUUGCCCGCAAAACGCGAACCCGAACGGAUUGAACAAUCUCGACCCGACCACGCCUAACAUUUUCGACUACUACUACUUCCUCAACGUUGAGAACAACCGCGGCCUCCUGCAAUCCGACCAAGAGCUGCUCUCGGCAGCGGGUGCGGCGUCGACUACCGCUCCGAUCGUAAACAGCUUCGCCAGCGACCAGAGCACCUUCUUUUGCAACUUUGCAGCGUCGAUGAUCAAUAUGGGGAACAUAAGCCCAUUAACUGGGGAUCAAGGGGAGAUUAGGGAGAAUUGCAGGGUGGUUAAUGAUAGCUGAAGAAAUAUUGGUGUAGAAAAUCUUUGUUUGGAUGUGUUAAUGGAAAUAAUCAUUUCUUAGCGAGAACACAAUGGGUCAGUUUGGAUUCUAUUCUCAUCUUCUUAUGUUAAUCGAGAUAAACAAUAUUUGUGUGGGAAAUUAUGUACAGUAUCAGAUUGUCUGAAAAGCGUUUUGACGAAUUAUUUGUAAGUUUUCUGAGUGGAAUAAAAAAAAGAGCUUUAAAUCUUGUUUGCAA